GAACGCGCCAGAGACAGGGGAAAAUGCUUUUUGAAUAAUUUAGUUGUUAUCAUGCUCUUCUCCAACUUUCGCACACAUCUCAUUGCAUCACAGAGCUAACCUUAACUAAUAACUAGUUAACAGCAGUUUAACUCGCGUCACUUGACAGACUUCUUCUCAAAACACCGCAGCUAGCUUACUCUCUCCCUGCAGAUAGCUAGCCCGACGCACAGUCUAUAGAGGAAACAUGGAAAACAGGUCCAGUAUUUGACUUUAGAGAUGGAAAAGUUGCAGGCAGCUGCGGUGGAGGCAGCGGAAGAGCUGCCCUCCAUGCUGUGGGGGCUGGACCCGAUGUUUUCUGCCUUCUGCAGGCUGUAUGUCAGAGACAUCCUGCACAUGCCUGAGUCCAUCCAGGUGCCAGGUAUUUACUUCUAUAACUCGCAUCCAGUCUACAAAGUUGAUGUACUUGGGACAGUAGUUUACAGGAGAGAAAGAGACGACUUCUUCUCUUAUGGAGUGGAUGAUGGGACUGGUGUUAUAAACUGCAUGUGCUGGAAGAGUGACCUGUUGAAAGAAGAGCAGGAUCCUGGUAAAUCUGGGGGAAGGCAUAGUGAUGCAGUUCAGGAAGGCUUCAAUCCAGUCGCUGAGCUGAAGAAGCUGAGACAGGCCCAACAGAACCGCAGCAGCCUGGAGAUUGGAGAGCUGCUCCGAGUCAGAGGACCGGUCAAGACCUCAAGACAGCAGAGAGAAAUCAUGGCCUCCACCUUCUAUAAAGUGAAUGACCCAGUAAUGACAGCACAGAUAACGUGGAUGAUGGAGGUUCCUCAGCUAUACAGACAGUUCUAUGACAAACCACUCCAGCUGCAACAUAAUGCUACUGGGUCCUCGACCAUCAGUCCCCUCAACAAGGCAAAAAAUAUCAUUCUGGAUUUCUUUAAGCAGCAGCCGGUGAGCAGGUUCAGGCCCUAUGAUGUCCAGGACCUCCUGCAGCCUCUCAUCUCCUGCCAGCCUCAAACAACAUCUGCUGACCAGGAGCCUGUAGCAAGUCCGUCUGGCUACCAGCAGAUACGACAGCUUCUGAAGGAAACCCUGGAAAUUUUGCAGAAAGAGGGCAUCAUAUACCGCAAGGUCAAGUCUCAGGAUGAACUCUAUCAUGUGACUGCACAGGAUAAUGAUCUACUCAUAGCUGUAAAAGACAUCAUCAGGGAAGACUCGAGGAGAGAGAAGUAUGCAGAGAAGGGCUGCCACAUCCUGCACAUCCUGUCAGCAGUCAGGCAGAGGUACAGCCUCAACGUGAACAAAGUGGCACUGGAGCUGGUCCUCAAAACACUCGAGUCCAACAGUGACAUUGUCAGCACCAGUGAAAACCAUUACACUGCGUUUUAACAUAAGAACAGUGGGUUGGGGACCCCCUAUUACAGACACAAUAUUUGUAACAUGGCUUAUUGCUCCACAAUGUGAGCGACCAAUAUGAGUAAACCAUAUGAUUUGUAUUUUUGUGUUCAUCAUGAGCCUUAGUAGAGCUCAACAUUUGGUCUAUUUCAUAUUACUGCUUUUAUUUAAUGUAAGUGUGCCAAGUUUACAUGCAAAAUUAGGUAUAAAUCAUUUGAUAGACCUGGAAAGUCUAAGAAAAUGAACU